AUGGCGACUACUCCCCCUCAAGGUCUCGAAGAGGCCGGCGCCAUGCACUUCGAUGGCGAUGAGGAGGGCAACCUUGAGAUCGACGGCAUCGUGCAAGGCACAAGAAGACGACGAUAUGCACGAUCCCAGGCACCGACUGAGCCCGAAGAGCCCCGAUCGACGAGACCGGCAAGACGCAAAGCACCCAAGCGAGGAAGGAGUCCGUCGGUAGAAGUCGUCUUGCCAGACAGCACCAAGAGGAAGAAGACGAGCUAUCUGACGCCAAAGAGUGGCGGAGUCGCGGAGCGGUCUCGAGAAGAGGACAGUCCCCAUUCAUCCUCGCCCGAGCCUACCGAGGGUCACGUUCUAUGGGGCCUUGUGCGAGAGAAUUUGUCAAAGAAGAUGUCUACGGCCCGAGUUCGAGAGUAUAUGGAUGAGACGCUUCCUAUCCUGACGAAACGUCAGCUCGAUCGCUUGUUCCCAAAGAAGUUGCCCAAGUCGAAAUACGACGAAGACUGGACCAGGAAAGAUGAGAAGAAGCUGCAAAGGGAGUGGAAGAAGAACGCUGAGCGGGAAUUGCUCGUGACCUUCAAGUAUACCACAGCUGAGCUCAUUGGGCUUUGGAAGGUCUGGCUGCGCGUCUGGCGCUGCUCGCCACAGCUGUUCAUCUCCAAGUACAACAACAUGGAGUUCGACACCAGCGUUGUCGAUGAGGUCGAAAUCGAAAAGAAUGGUCAAGUCUACAAGAGACGACCCGCCAUAUGGUCGGUAGCAUUCUGUCGGAACCUUCACCACCUGUCUCUCCAUCCCGUCUGGAUGGGGAGCCUCGACUUGCUUGCAAUCGCUCUGCAGUACGCCUCCAUCUUACGCACGAGGAACUACCAGGACUGGCCGCUGGAUAAUCCGACGGACGACAACUUCCUCGCCACCUUUAUCAAUGUGAUUGAGAAAUCGCGAAUGACCCACAAAGCCCUGAAUGCAUCACCUCUGUCAACCUUGAUGCUGGAUCUUGAGGGGAGCAUUGUCACCGACGCCGAGCCUCGCACGAAUGGCAGGAAGCUCCGAACAUACAAGAUUAGCAUUCACGAGAUCAACAACAUCAUCAGGGCCUUGGCCAACUCUACAUACAUGGGCAUGCCACAAUGGGGAGGCUUCACGCCCAAGGAAUAUGCCAAGCUCGCCGUCUACGGCCGAAGGCCAUCGACCAUUCUUGUGCGUUUGCGAUGGGAAGCAAAGAACAAGAAACGCCGAGCCCGACUCAACGUGCCAAAGACUGAGCCUUUCAGAGUCCCAAGUCGCCACAGGGCAGCACGUGAAAAUGAAACGACGGGGGACGCUCAACUGAGAGCGGAUCUUGACGACGCAAUACGCCAGAAAGAAGCCUUAGAGGCUGAAUUACGAGCACGACCACAAAUCGAGAAGCGUAGGAGACGUACCGCUGACGAGAACGCGCACCUGAAGGAACUCCAGGCCGAAAACAAAGAGUUGAGGGAGAGAUUGGAACGUGAAGCUAGCGAACAUGCACAGAUGGAGGAAAUCUAG